AUCUGUGGGUCUAAUUGAGGAACCUGUUCUAACAUGACUGUUUCCUAUACCGCACAGGUUGCUACGUGCCACCGAUUCGGCUGCUUUUGGAAGCUGCUGGGCAGAUGGCGCGCAAGCAUUUACAAAAUAAUUUGGGCUGAUCUAUUGGUAUUCCUGAUUGCCUUCUAUGCAAUGGCUUUGUUGUAUCGCACUGUGCUCGAUGACCCAACCAAACUCAUUUUUGAUGAUCUUGUGGAAUACUGUCGCAGCUACGGUGGUAUGAUACCACUGUCAUUUGUACUUGGUUUCUAUGUGGCCAUCAUUGUUGGGCGCUGGUGGAGUCAGUACAUCACGGUGCCCUGGCCAGAUCCAUUGGCGGUCUAUGUCAGCGCCCUGGUGCGUGGCCAGGAUGAUCAUGGCCGUUUAAUGCGUCGCACCAUAAUGCGAUAUGUUUGCCUAUCUCUGACAAUGGUGCUGACCAUGAUAUCGCCGGUAAUUAAGCGACGCUUUCCCACCUACGAUUAUUUGGUGGAGGCUGGUCUGCUGAACAAGAAUGAGGCAUUGAUUAUAUCCAAAAUGGACGAGAAGUUUCCGAAACAUUACAAGUACUGGAUGCCUCUCAUGUGGGCAUCCAGCAUUAUGACGCGUGCAAGGAAAGAGGGACGCAUCUGGGAUGAUUUCUCUCUCAAGUCCAUGAUCGAUGAGCUGAACAAGUUCCGUGGUGACUGCAAUAUGCUCACACAUUACGAUAUGAUCAGUGUGCCGCUGGUUUAUACUCAGGUGGUCACUCUGGCUGUAUACACAUAUUUCUUGGCUGCCAUCUUUGGGCAUCAGUACAUCAAUAAGGUGGAUUGCAAUAUUGUCAAUUAUUAUUUUCCCGUAUUUAGCACGCUGGAGUUCUUCUUUUUCGUGGGCUGGCUAAAAGUCGCCGAAACGCUGAUAUGUCCAUUUGGCGAUGAUGAUGAUGACUUUGAGCUCAACUGGGUAAUCGAUCGCAAUUUGCAAGUUAGUUACUUAAUUGUGGACGAAAUGCACAACGAUCAUCCAACUCUAGUCAGGGAUCAAUACUGGGACGAGGUCUUUCCCAAUGAGCUGCCCUAUGCUGAUGAGUCCCAACGUCACGCACCACCCGAAGCCUCCACAGCCAAGCUAGACUUGUCGAAAAUAACAUCCUCAUUGUUACCAAAACAAACACCGACUACGACCAGUGAACUCGAUUUCACAGAAUUUGAUGGCGAGGAUGGUGACGGGGAUGAUGGCCGCGAGCUGCGCAUUAAGUUUGCUUCGCGUCGCUUUGAUAUCCAUGUCAGCUCCUCGUCCAUUUCCUUUUUCGAUCUGAACAACUUGGAGCCGGACAAUUUUCCAGACGAGGGUGACGAAGAAGAGCAGUUCUUUGAGUUGCCCCCAACUCGCGAGACCAGCAAGGAUGACUUUGAUCGCCUGAAAGAAGAGCGUGAACGCGAACGGCACGCCAGGCAAUUGCAGCACGCAACUAUCACCUUUGACCUGCUCAAAGGCGAACUAACCAAUCUUUCUGAAUCGGGACAUUUGUUACCAAGCAACUCUCCGAAAAGUACAGCACCACCAAGCGAAUUAACAGACAAAUCUAAAAUGGAUGACGAAGUGCAAACAAGCAAAAGUUUUAUUAACGAACGAAAGUAAAAAAGAACAUUCCAUUAAAGCUUCAAACGCCAAGCAAAAAAGAAACAUUCAGUUAACCAGGUAAAAUGCUGGAAAUGUUACUUGUUAUUGCAUAUAAUAAAUAAAUACUUUUCGUUAACUCGAAUUUGGGGGAAGCUGACAAGAUGAGUUAUUGUGCGGACAACUUUUUGUUAAUAAUAAAUCGAAUAAGUCCUGUUAAAAAGUAAAUUCGAGUGAAAUAUUCUUUUAAAUAUUAGAGAAA